AUGGCUUUCGGAACUCUCUUUACCGCCGAGGGCAACCCCCGCUCCAUUGCCAUCAAGGCUGUCGCCAAGGCCAACGGCCUCGACGUCAAGAUCGCCACCGUCGACAUGAGCGCUCCUCGCACUCCCGAGCACCUGGCUGGUAGCCCGAUUGGCCGCGUUCCUGCUUUCGUCGGCGAGGACGGCUUCACUCUCCACGAGGCUAUUGCCAUUGCCAUCUACUUCACCUCCCAGAACGAGAAGACCACCCUCCUCGGCAAGACCAAGCAGGACUAUGCUUCUAUCCUCAAGUGGAUGUCCUUCUUCACCAACGAUAUUCUCAACCCUCUUGCCGCCCACUUCCUCCCCCUGCUCGGCCGCAAGCCCUACAACAAGCAGGCUGUUGACGACGCCGCCAAGGAGGAAGAGAGAGCCGUUGCUGUCGUCGAGAAGUACCUCAGCGAGCACACCUACCUCGUUGGUGAGCGUCUGAGCCUUGCGGAUCUUUACUCCGCUGGCAUCAUCAGCCGCGGCUUCGACUACUUCUACGACGCCGAGUGGCGCCAGGCCCACCCUGCCACUACUCGUUGGUAUGAAACUAUUGUCAACCAGCCCAUCUACUCCGAUAUUGUCGGCAAGGUGCAGUUCAUUGACAAGGCUCUCCCCAACGUCGCCCCCAAGAAGGCCGAGGCUCCCAAGGCUGCCCCCGCCAAGGCUGCCCCUGCUGCUGCUCCCGCAGCCGCUGAGGACGCUCCUGCUCCCAAGCCCAAGCACCCUUGCGAGGCUCUGGGCAAGUCAAGCUUCGCUCUCGAUGACCUCAAGCGUUUCUACUCCAACAACGAGACCCCUGAUGCUAUGAAGUACUUCUGGGAGAACGUUCCCUUCGAUGAGUACUCCAUCUGGAAGGUCGACUACAAGUACAACGAUGAGCUCACCCUCACCUUCAUGUCCAACAACCUGAUUGGUGGUUUCAACACCCGCCUUGAGGGCUCCCGCAAGUACGUCUUCGGCACCGCCUCCGUCUAUGGCCAGAACAACGACUCCGUCAUCCAGGGCGCUUUCGUCAUCCGUGGUCAGGACUACGUGCCUGUCUUUGACGUCGCUCCCGACUACGAGAGCUACACCUUCACCAAGCUUGACCCCAAGAAGCCCGAGGAUCGCGCCUUUGUCGAGGACAACUGGGGCUGGGAGAAGCCUGCCAUUGUCAACGGCAAGGAGUACAAGCAUGCUGACGGCAAGGUCUUCAAAUAA